AUGUUUCCUUCUUUCAAUAUGAAGGCUAUCGCAGCCGGUGCUAUCCUCGCUACCGGUGCCAUGGCUGCUCCUACCGACGAGACAAGUGUGUCUCUCAUCGACAAUUCCGUCCCUACCCCUACGACUGUCGGCUACGAGAUCAACGCGACUUCCGCAACGGAUAGCACCGACUCCUGGACCAAGGUCGAGUCUGUGGACGCCGAGAUCGACGUCGCCAGUGUUGUCGUCGACGUCACCCUCCCCUUGACCGAUGCCGAGAACGACAAUGACGCCGACGCUGACGCCGACGCCAACGUCGCCCUGGCUAUCGACUGGAGCUACUGGACCGAUUCUCCCGACACAGCACCUGACGUCAAGGCAGCAGCAGCCGCGGCUCCGGGAGCCGCGGCUGCUCCGGCCACCCCUGCCUCGGCUGCCCCUGCCAACCCCACGGAGAAGCCCGUCAACAUGUACCCGAACAGCUAUGGUGAAGGCCUCCUCAAGGGCAUCAAGUCCAUCUUCGACUUUUUGACCGGCCGCUCCAUGCACAGGGCCCACAAGAAGGCCGAGGCCGAUUACGAGGCCAAGGUUAAGGCUUGGGAAGCCGCCAAGGCCAAGGCCGAAGAAGAGAUUGCCAACAAUGCCCAGAACGUCAGCGAGGAGUGGACCAUGGACGACCCCGAUUACGACGGUGAUUCGGGUGAGGUGGUCGAGGUGGUUGAGGUGAACGACCGCCGCGCCCGCUUCUUCCAGGCCUAG